GGGGUUCGGACUCACAUAUCAAGCCGGAAAGUGGAUGAAGGAGUGAGUGUGUGGACGGCAUUUGAUUGAUUGUUGAUCGAGCGAGAUGUACCAGCGGCGGGGGUGGCACGUGACGGUGAUGGUGGUGGUGGGGUGGAUGUUGAUGGGAAUGGACGCGGCUGAUGAUGACGGUACUUCGGCGAUAUGGGCUCUUGAGGGCGAACUUGUGUUGAAAGGCCCUGUGCGGGCCCCAGCUCGAUGGGACGGGAAUGCGAGCGAUCUGGCCACCGCGCGGGGGCUCUUGAACCCAAUGGGCAACGCCACCACGAUGGGCAAUGUCGAUAAUGGCUGUGUGCUUCAGAAGCAGCAUGACACCCUGGUGUCUUCGUGUCCCCUGGUGCUGCUGGCCACCGCCAUUCAUGAUGGGGCUCAAGUGCGUGACGGCGGCCUUGAUGCGUCCAGCGCCGAAACGUGGUGCCAAAGGCCUUGGAUCAAAAGUGGUUUUGAACAAAUUUACCUCUGUGCCCCAUCCAUUCGCUUUGAAACCGGACUCGCGCUGCCCACGACCACAGCCGCCCCCAGCCAACCAGUUGCUCGCUGGGUGGCUGGUGGGGAUGCGGAUCAAACGUGGACCACCUCUGCUACCAGCCAGUACUAUGCCUGUGGGUCUUACGACCUAUGCAAUACCCAGUAUGCCGUGGAUGGUCUCUCAGAAGACGCGAGCAGGGGCAAAACCUUUGACAUGAAUGGCCCUCUCUACUCGCCUUUACCCCAGUACCUCACCGUCACCUUCUCCACACCAAAGCAACUCCUGGGUUGGCGCAUCUGGGUUCCCGUUUGCUCCUAUCGUCUCAAGACGGUGGCCCUCGAGGCCAAGGCUACCACUGGUAAUCAGUUUACUCCAAUAGCCGACUCCACCAUCACCUCGCCAAGCCCCGCUAUUGUCGGUGGGCUCGCGCCCUGGGAGCUCCUCAACGCCACCUGGUCCGAGCCUUUGACCGUCUCGACCCUCCGCGUCAAAGUCUCUGAAAUGCAUCCCUGUGCCCAAAACCCCUCUUCCCUAUAUCAAAUCUACAUGGCAGAGUAUCCCUCCUCCUACACACUUUUCACACACACACACACACACACACUGAAAAAAACUCCAAAUUUGGCGCUGACAACAUCCCUCUCUCUCUCUCUCUCUUUAUUUCUCUUUCUCAAACCGACCAAACCAAUUCAUCUCGCUCUCUCUCUCUCUCUCUCUCUCUCUCUCUCUCUCUCUCUCUCUCUCUCUCUCUCUCUCUCUCUCUCUCUCUCUCUCUCUCUCUCUCUCUCUCUCUCUCUUGCUCAUUUUUAUAUAAUUUUGAGCAACGACUUUGUGAGGAGGUUGGCCUCGCUCAGGACUGCGAUCAUGUCGUGGCGCGAUCAAAUCAACUUUACCCCCGUGGAGCAUGCCUGCGCUGCCUUUGAUCCCCAUCCCAUCAAGGCCAAUCUGUGCCGUGGUUCUCAUUUAAAAGCGCCCAUAGAGUGUCAAAUCCCGAUUCAUCAACACCGCCCUGAGAAUGUUGCUGGCGAGCAUGUUUUGGAAAUGAUCAUGAACAUGGCACCCAUCUCCACCAUCCUUCCCUGGGAAGCGAAUGGCGCCGUACCCAUUCCCAUCGGCUUGGUGCCCUCCGAUGCACCUGGCCCCCUCUUCUUGGGUGGAAUGCGUGCUGUCAACCAAAGCAUGCUUAGCCGGCACGACAUUACCCUCGUCGUCACCGUGGCCAAGGGCAAGUCGCGGUCGACCACCUUGGUCAUGUGCUAUCUGAUGGCAACACAAAAACUCAAUGUUGACGACGUGCUUCGAGAAGUACAGCGGCGCAGGCCCGUCGCACAACCAAAUCGUGGCUUCAUGCAGCAGCUGCGUACCAUGGAAGCUGCCCUGCACCAAUUGUCCCUAUAG